UGAGGCGGGCACCCCUGGAAGGCGGCUGGAAGGAGCCGCACUGUGGGCGAUGGCGGAGCCCACUGCAGUGCUGGUGAUGGGCGUGAGCGGCUCUGGGAAGUCCACAGUGGGCGCUCUGCUGGCAUCUGAGCUAGGAUGGAAAUUUUACGAUGCAGACGACUAUCACCCAGAAGAAAAUCGAAUGAAGAUGAGUAAAGGGAUACCACUGAAUGACCAGGACAGGAUUCCAUGGCUCUGCAAAUUGCAUGACAUUUUACUAAGAGACACAGCUUCAGGACAGCACGUAGUUCUAACCUGUUCAGCUCUGAAGAAAAUCUACAGAGACAUCUUAAUCCGAGGGAAAGAUGGCACAUCUUGUAAGAGUGACGAGUCAGAGAAGGAAGGAAAGCCUGCUGAAGUGAAGCUCUUUGUCGUCUAUCUGAAUGGGUCAUUUGAGCUCAUUUCUGAACGCUUACACAAGAGAAAAGGACAUUUUAUGCCCCCUGAGUUAUUGCAAUCUCAGUUUGAUACUCUGGAACCCCCAUCAGCUCCAGAAAAUUUCAUCCAAAUCAGUGUGGAUAAAAACCUCUCAGAGAUAAUUGCUUUAAUUAUGGGAACUCUAAAAUGAAAUGAGAAUCACUUCCCAUCAGUGGUACAAACAGUAGAAGGCCCAAAUCUCUAUUCUAUCCCAAACAUUGUUCCAUUAUCCUGUCAAGACUGUAUGCUAAAUUCUAAGAGAGCAAGUCACAGUGAAUUGAGAAUGCUUACUUGAGUGUAAUUUUAGGCAUUUGUGAUACUGUGUCAUCAUGCUUUGGCACACUGGGAGAAGGAACUUUAAAGGUUCAUUCGAAAUUUUAAUUCAUGUAACCAAUCAAACUUUAUGAUCACUGCUGUAAACCAAGGCCUUAUUUAAAACAUUCUGACUAUGCAUGUAUUUGGAUAAGUAAGUGAAAAUUGACUAUCCUUACAAUUUUCUCUAGAAAUUGUUCUCAGGAUCAGAAAUGUGUAUAGUAUUAAUCACUCACUAAGUCAUUUCAU